AUGAGUAUAAAUGAGGCUAGUGUUAAAAUUAAUCGUGAAAGAUCCCCUAAUAGGCUAAUCGCUAAUAAUGAAAAUGAUAAUGAAUUGCUUAGGGACCUAGUCAAGACGCGUGGCAUAUUAAAAAGCAGGCUUACUAAAUUUUCUAAGGCCGUUAGUGAUAUUACCCUCGAGCAAUUAACGAAUCAAAAAUGUGCCGAUGUAAAAUUACGCAUGCAAGGUAUUACAAGCUUAUUUGCAGAGUUUAGCGAUGUUCAAACAAAAAUCGAAAAAAUUGUACGAGAUUCAGAUUUAGAUUCACAGCUGACGCAACGAGAAUUGUUUGAAGAUUGCUAUUAUCAUGCACUAGCUCAAGCUGAAUGUUUGCUCAAAUCGGUAGAGGUCACUAGCGCGUCCAGUAAGGGCAGUAAUAGGGCGUCACAGUCUAUAAAACUUCCGACCAUCUCCCUACCUGUAUAUGAUGGAACGUAUGAGCAUUGGAUCGAAUACAGAGACAUUUUUCUAUCUCUAGUACACAAUUCCGAUGAAAUUAGCGAUAUUCAGAAAUUCCACUACCUAAAAUCGUCACUAAAGGGAAGCGCGGAGUUAGUUAUCGAUUCCUUAGAAUUCUCUGCUAGUAACUAUGUGGUAGCAUGGGAACUACUUCUCAACAGAUACAACAAUAGCAGUCUGUUGGUGCAUAACCACGUUAAGGCCUUAUUUACUAUUCAAAAACUUUCUAAGGAAUCACCACAUGCACUCAGAAAACUAACAGACAUUAUUCUAAGAAAUUUACGCGCAUUAAAAAUAUUAGGUGAGCCUACUGAGUACUGGGAUACUUUAAUCAUAUUUAUUAUAACGUCUAAGUUAGAUGAAACCACCGAACGUGAAUGGGAACAAUUUAAAUGCACCACACGAAAAUAUAUUAAUGAUAAUUCUUCACUGAAGGUAGAUGAUUUACUUAUGUUCCUCAGAGACAGGGCUGACAUGUUGGAAACAUUGCUAGUUUCACACAGGGUUAACAGUGACGUUAAAACUCAAAACGCGACUUCACAACAAUCGUCAUAUUAUCCGUCACAUAAAAAAUCACAACAUAAAGUGCACUGCAAUGUUUCCACCAAUAAGUCACAGCAAGGUCGAAUCACGUCUACUAAAAAAUCGUGUUUAAUGUGUAACGCCGAUCAUCCACUUUAUUCAUGUCAAACAUUUUUGGACACUAACUUAGACGCUAAACUGCAAUUUAUAACCGCAAAUAAAUUAUGUGAGAACUGUUUACGUCCAGGGCAUUCAGUUAGUAUGUGCAAAUUUGGACCUUGCAGACUGUGUUUUAAAAAACACAACACGCUUAUUCAUAAUAACGUGACUGAUCGAGUAGCGGUCGUAUCAAUGCAUCUAGCCGACAACGAAACCCCGGGUUCUAGUCAAAUGACCCCCGCGACCGUCGCACCGCCCGCGCAGUCCAUCCCCGCGCAAAUUCAUUCGUCUCGAUCCACUUGCGAAAUUCGAGGUGUCGGCAACACAGUAACAACGUCAUCACAGAUAUGUGAUAUCGAGAUCAAAUCACGCAUUGACAAUUACUCCGCACGCAUUAAAUGUUUUGUGUUGCCGCACAUUACAUCUACGCUACCUACUGCGAUGUAUAGUCAACGCGCGCAGUCUUUUAUGAUACCUGACUAUAUACAGCUGGCUGAUCCACAAUAUUAUGAAUCUCAAAAUAUUGAUAUUUUAAUAGGCGCAGACUUAUUUUGGGACUUAUUAUGCGAAGGUAAAAUGAGAUUACCCAAUGGACCCUUUUUACAAAAUACAAGGUUAGGUUGGAUUAUUUCAGGGCCUAUUGAGUUUAACACGCACAAUAUCAAUACGUCUGUCCAAUGUAACUUCACUCAAUCCAUUGACACUCAGUUACGACGGUUUUGGGAGUUAGAAGAUGUGCCUAAAACUAGUGACAUACAGACUGACGAAGAACGCUCUUGUGAGGAAGCUUUCAUUCGUACUACCACGCGCAAUAGUGACGGAAGGUUUUGCGUCAGCUUGCCACUGAAACAGUCGCCAUCUGUUUUGGGUGAAUCUUUGUCACAAGCUGAACGUCGUUUUUUGGCACUAGAGAGGCGAUUAGAACGUAAUUCUAACUAUAAAAAAUUAUAUAUUGAAUUUAUACACGAAUACAUCGAAUUAGGUCAUAUGACGCGAGUAACUUCAUAUGGAACCCCACACUAUUUCUUACCUCAUCACGGCGUGUAUCGUGAGCACAGCAGCACAACAAAACUUCGCGUGGUGUUCGAUGCAAGUGCCGCCACAAGUAGUGGAGUGUCUUUAAAUGACAUUCAACAAGUCGGACCUCCUUUGCAGCGUGAUUUAGUUGACAUCCUGCUUCGUUUCAGACAACAUAGAUACACUGCUUGUGCAGACGUCGAAAAGAUGUACAGGCAGUGUCUCUUAAACGAAUUACAACGCGAUCUCCAGUUGAUUGUGUGGCGUGACAAUCCAUCUGAACCGUUAGGUAUUUACCGACUGAACACGGUAACGUAUGGGACAGCCUCCGCACCGUUUCUUAGUGUUAGGUGUCUAAAGCAGCUGGCACUCGAAUGUAAGGACUCAGCCGUCCAACAAAUAAUUUUAAAUGAUUUUUAUGUAGAUGAUAUGAUUACAGGUUCAGAUGACAAGGAGGAGUUGCUUGUACUCUGUAAGAAGGUCACUGAUGUCUUAAGUUCUGGUGGAUUUCACUUAAGAAAAUGGAUAUUUAAUUUUAAAUGUGAUGAAUUGUUGGUUCAUCAAAUUCCAAAUAAUAACGCAUCACAGGAAUUAACAUUAGGAGAAAAUGUUCAGUGCAAGACAUUAGGUCUUGGAUGGUACUAUGCAUCAGACGAGUUUUAUUUUAAUACUCAAGUUAAAGUUGAUACGUACAAGAUUAGUAAACGAACCAUUUUAUCGCACGUUUCUCAAAUAUUUGAUCCAUUGGGAUUAUUAAGUCCGACCAUUAUAAUAGCCAAAGUUUUAUUGCAAAAACUAUGGUUAUUACAACUAGGAUGGGAUGAUGAGGUACCGCGAGACGUGUUGCGCGCAUGGACCGUAUUUGUAAAGGGCUUAUCAAUGCUUAAUACCAUCCGCAUACCCCGUCAUGUUACAGCUAACGAAGCGAUAUGUACAGAGCUACACAUCUUUACCGAUGCAUCGCAGACUGCAUACGGCGCUUGCAUCUACGUUCGAACAGUAACUAAUAACGGACUUGUAUCGGUAAAAUUGUUAUGUUCAAAGGGUAAGGUUGCACCUUUAAAACCUGUCAGUAUCCCGCGACUAGAAUUAUGCGGAGCUUUACUUGGGGCUCGACUUUAUGAUAAAGUAAUUAAAUCACUUCGUCGUCAUUUUGAUAACAUCAUGUUCUGGACUGACUCGACCAUAGUACUAGGAUGGUUACACAUGUCGCCUAAUUUACAAAAAACUUUUGUACAAAAUAGAACGGCAGAAAUACAUGAGUUGGUGAAGGAACUUCCAUGGCGUCAUGUCAGUGGGAAGGAAAACCCAGCUGAUCUGGUCUCGCGUGGUGUUCAGAUGGAGGACCUUUCAUCUUCUACUUUAUGGUGGGAAGGCCCAUUUUUUCUUCGUCACACUAACUUCAGUUGCAAUAAUGUACCGUUAAAUUCAUUUGACUCUCAGCAACUAUUGCCUGAGCUGAAAUCCAGUGUGACGCAUUCCUACGCUACUGAUCAAGACUGCGAACACACGAACACAAGCAGUUGUUGCACGCAGCUCCACAGGCGCUUCUUUAUAACUUACGUGAAACGUGGUGGCCAAUUGGCGGUAGAAACUUAG